ACCGUCGAUCAUAAUCCAACACAAACAUUCAGAAGAAACUAAUUCAGCAUCUAAGCAAAGGAAAUGGCCAUGUCAAUGAAGGCUUCGGUUCUUCUUGGUCUUGUAGUUGUAGGCCUCAUCUCUGUGGCUUCGGCCGAAACCGGAACCGCCACGUUCUACACAGUAUAUGUUCCAUCGGCAUGUUACGGGUAUGAAGACCAAGGAGUGAUGAUAGCAGCAGCUAGUCCUUCAAUAUAUAACAAUGGUGCUGCAUGUGGAAGAAUGUACAAUGUUAGGUGCACUGGACCUACAAACCAAGGUGUACCCCAGCCUUGCAGAGGCAAUGGUGUGACUGUGAAAGUUGUGGAUCUUUGUCCUGGAUGUCAAGGAUUGUCACUUGAUCUCUCUCAAGAAGCUUUCUCUCAGAUUGCCGACCCAGAUGCCGGAAGGAUCCAGAUUGAAUUCAACCAGGUUUGAAGAAGGUCCCCUUGGAGAGGACAAGCUAUCAAGUUCAAGACUAAUAAAGAUGCUAAUUAGUACAAUAAAUGAAUAAAAAGAGCACCACUUAAUUUCUGGGAAAUUCGGAUUUGUAUUACCCAUAAAUAAUACAGACCUUGUAUUUUCCAUAAUAAAGUUUCAGUUUAUUAUA